CAUAUGUAAUGGAAUAGGGGAUUGACGCUUGGAAAGCCGGGAGUAAGCUUAUUACAUAGCCGGUCUCCUCUUUUGGUAUUUACCAGUAUAUAUAUAUAUACAGAGCGAAAGAGAUGCGUUAAGCCUCUAAACAAUACUAUACCAAGACCCAAGAAAAACAAAACAAAACAAAACACCAUGUCCUCCUCUCCAUCUCCUUCUCCAUCAUUCAUAGGCCUUCGAGGCCAAAACCUCGUAUACGCAGUAACAUUCUGCUGUUCAAUCGGCUUCCUCCUCUUCGGGUACGACCUCGGCUUCAUGGGCGGAUUAACCACAUCGCCCGAAUUUCUCUCUGUAUUCAACAACCCCAGCUCAUCCCUCUUAGCGUUCCUGGUCGCUUCGUAUGAUGUGGGAUGUCUUCUUGGUGCGCUGUUCCAGUUCACGCUGGGGGAUCGGUUUGGAAGGAAACAGAGCAAUAUCGCUGGUGCGGUGGUGGUUUGUGUUGGGGCGAUAUUGCAGACGACGACGUUUGGGUUGGCGCAGUUUCUUGUGGGGAGGAUUGUUGCGGGCUUUGGAUUGGGGACUAUGACUACGGUGAUUCCGAUUUAUCUUAGUGAAUGCGCCACUCCUCAAUCCCGCGGCCGAAUGAUGGCAAUGCAACUAUCAAAUCUAAUCAUGGGUCUGAUUAUCGCCAACUGGCUCGACUACGGCAUGACAUCCUACCCCGGCUCCGUCCAAUGGAGACUCCCAUGUGCAUUCCAGAUCGUCUUCUGCAUCAUCACCGUUAUCAUGAUGCCCUUCCUACCUGAAUCACCUCGAUAUCUCUGCGCCAAAGGUGAGAUCGAACGAGCCAAGAUAGCCCUAGCGGCCCUCCGGGCAGGAUACCCCGAUACGCCAGAAGUCAGCGAGGAGCUGAAGGAAAUCCAAUACGCUAUUGCAGUGGAGGCCGAAGAGGCCGGUUCGUGGAGUGAUGUGUUUAAAGAUAACGGUAUCAGCGGAUUCACGCGCGUUGCGCUUGCUUUCUCAGCCAAUUUCUUCCAGCAGCUAUCGGGCGUCAAUGUCAUGUCGUCGCUGGGUCCGUAUAUCUUUCAAGAUUCCAUCGGGAUGAGUCGCUAUGAUGCCCUGCUCGUAGCGGGCGGUUUGCAAGUGUGGUAUUUCCUCAGCAGUUUGAUUCCCUGGUACGUGGUCGAUCGGGUUGGACGUCGGAAGCUAUUCAUGCUCGGCUCCGUUGGGAUGGGCAUCUGUAUGACUCUGUCUGCGAUCUUCGUUGGGAUUGGAACCAAGGGACUCGGCUACGCCGCGGCUGUGGUGCUCUAUCUCUUUCAGACCUUCUUCACUCUAGGCUGGCAAUCCAACAUGUGGAUCUAUCCUAGUGAGCUUCUGCCGCUGAAGCUCCGGCUGCGUGGAGGCGCCCUGGCCGUCGUGUCGCAGUGGUUAUUCACUUUCCUCGUGGUGGAGAUCACUCCUCCCAUGAUCACGAAUAUUGGAUAUCGCUCAUAUGUCGUUUUCGCCGUGAUCAACUUCGCUACCGUGCCGCUGGUGUAUUUCUGCUUUCCGGAGACGAGUAAAAUGCCAUUGGAAGCAGUCGAUCUGCUGUUCGCAGACCGCGAGGACGGCACGAGACCGUCGAUUUUCCAGGUGGCUCGGGAUUCAGUCAAUAGGGAGAAGGUGGCGGAGAUCGAGAGGCAGUUGCAGGAGCGGGCGAGAUUGAGAGCUGAUAAUGAGGGUAUUAUUGACGCGUCGAAGGAGAAAGCAGAGCACUUGGAGGUAUCUGCAGUUUAGCGAUAUGUCGUUGAAGAUGAGAACUUUCCUUUUAGUGACUGUUUCCACCUGUUUCUUGUAACUAUCCUCCAUGCUUGUGAUGCUGCUGGAGUCUCUGAAACCAUGCGUAGGUGACGUCCUAGUAUAUACAUAGGCAGAGAUGCGCCUGGUGUAAGUAAACCUUGGGCAAACUUCUGAGGGAGAGAUAGACACGGUCUUCUCGCGCAUACUCUGGUCGUCUGCAGCAUAGUGUCGUGCUCUUUAGGUUCGACUUGUUUAGUGCAGGCAGUUAUUUAAAUAGUUAGUUAGUGUAGGUGUUCCACUUCAGCGACCCGUUCUGAUCCCAAUUUCCCCGCAUCUGUUCCUAGUGCGACCUGGUAUUUAUGCAGACUUGGAACAUAGCAAUUCUACGCAAUCUAGG